CGAGCCAAAGGGGGAAGCAAAAUGGCGGAACUCGAAGAUGUUACGCUAGAUGGGAAACCGCUUCAUUCGCUUCGUGUGGCGGAUUUAAAAGCUGCCUUGGAGCAACGAGGAUUGGCGAAAAGUGGGCAGAAAAAUGCGCUCAUCAAGCGACUAAAAGGGGCACUUAUGUUGGAGAGUCUACAGCGAACCUCCACCUCUCAUCCUGGCCUGCAGCCCAACUCGCAGAUCGGGGAGGAGAUGAGCCAGAACAGUUUUAUUAAACAGUACCUGGCCAAACAGCAAGAGCUCCUGCGCCAGAGAAUGGAGAGAGAGGCUCGCGAGGCAGCCGAGGCAGACGAUACAGACAGCCCCGCAGGCCCUGAGGAGGAUGAUCACACAGCUGCCAAUGACAGCACUUCCUACCUGCCAGACAAGCAUCACAUUGUAUCAUCUCGGCCUUGCGUGCCAGAGGAUGGAGGAGGCGAUCAACUGGGUCCACAGGAUGCAGUUGCUCUGGGAGGCCACAGGCUGGAUGCAGGCACUGCCUCAGUAUCACGUGAUUCCACUGAUGUCCCCACAGCCAAGAUCUGGCGCCCCUCGUUCUCCCAAGAGGAGGUUGCCACUCCCUCCCCUCCCCGUGCAGUGGCCUCUCUUUCUGUACGUGUGGUUGGUCAGCCAGAACGACAGGGUGUACCUCUAAUUGUACCCCGCCCACAACAAAGAGAAGGAACUGCCCCUGUAGAAGCAGGCCCUGCCCAUCCGAUGCCACAGCUCAGCCAGUCUGCUCGCACUCAAGAGGACAGCGACGAAGACGAUGAUGACGACGAAGACGAUGACAGCGAUGAGGAUGAUGACUGGGGUCUUUCGUCUCGUGGAAGAAAGAACAUCCACACACCUCCAGCACCACGUUCGCGACGCAAGCUUCAGCCUCCUCAACACAUUCCACCCCAUCAUUCUCCACUGCAGCUCCGACAGCCCACUCCUCCCCCCUCUCCACCCCCAGAGCUCUCCUUCCCCCUGCCUGACACCCCCAAACAGAGUCCCCCAGAGCAGGAUGAACCAGAAGCCCCGGAAGGAGCUGCUGUGUCUCCUCCAGUUUCCCUGCAAAGACAGGAAUCAAGCUCCAGCUCCAGAUCCAGCAGCCCUGAGCCUCCAUCCCAACGCAGACCUGGGCCACUCAGUCUGCUCGUGCGCAAGAUGGAGUCUGAGGGGGCUUUUGAUGGUGGGCAGAAGAAGGAUGAAGAGGAAGAGGGUGACACCACUGCAGCAACAGGAGAACAGGUUGAGCCUGGACCUGGGGUGCUUGUGUUUUCUAGAGGAGCGAAUGAUGAUGAUGAUGAUGAUGAUGAUGAUGAUGUCCAUACCAGCUGUGAUUCUGAGGUGAUUCCUGAUCAUCAAGAUUCACCCCAAGAGCAGCUGCCUGAGGAGCCUGAGUCUCUACCCACUAUGCCUUCUAUCCCUGAAAGCAGCCCUCAGGAGUCAAUGGAGGUGAAAGAAGCCGAGGGGGAACAAGAAGAAAGUUCUCAGCCGGAGGAAGAAGAGAAGCAAGACGACCAGGAAGACUGUAGUGAGGGGAAAGAAAAGGAAAAGGCGGCUCCGGACAGCUUGAAUGUGUCAUCAUGGAAACGUGAGCGAGAGGAAUCGCCCUCUCAAGAUUCCUCUGACUUCCCUCAUACGUCGCCUCCCCCUUCCCCGCCCGCUCCUGCAAAACGAGCACGCAUCUUCUCUGAAGUUCCCCCACCUGAAUGCCUCAUAUCUCCUUCCAAACCGGAGCAGGCGUCAGCCCUUGUGUCAGGACCACAGCAUGCAGAUGUUGAAAUGGAGGCAGAAGCUCCCGGUGCACCUCCUCAGUCCUCACCAGAAAAGAAUCAUGAUGAGGAAAUGAAGGAGGUGGAAGCAGAGAAGCAGGUACUUGCAGAGGCAGAUGAAGCAGAAGACAUUAACAAGCCCCCUUCAUUGCUUCCUCCAUCUCCACCCCCAGAAGAAGUGGAAGUGGAGAGAGAAAGAGAGAGACCCACUGAGGAAGAAAGAGAGGCAUCUAUAGAGAGGGAAAGCAAGACAUCUGUGGAGAGAGAACGAGAGACAUCUGUAGAGAGAUCUGCAGAGAGCGAGCAAGCGAGGUCCACAGAGAGAGAAGGUGAAAAAUCCGCAGAAGGGGAAAGAUCUCCAGAAAGUGAAAGGGAGAGCUCUGUGGAGAGAGGGAGGGAGGGAUCUGCAGAAAGAGAGCGGGAGAGGGAGGGAUCUGCGGAAAAGGAGAGGGAGGGAUCUGCGGAAAAGGAGAGGGAGGGAUCUGCGGAAAAGGAGAGGGAGGGAUCUGCGGAAAAGGAGAGGGAGGGAUCUGCGGAAAAGGAGAGGGAGGGAUCUGCGGAAAAGGAGAGGGAGGGAUCUGCAGAAAAGGAGAGGGAGGGAUCUGCGGAAAAGGAGAGGGAGGGAUCUGCGGAAAAGGAGAGGGAGGGAUCUGCGGAAAAGGAGAGGGAGGGAUCUGCGGAAAAGGACAGGGAGGGAUCUGUGGAAAAGGACAGGGAGGGAUCUGCGGAAAAGGACAGGGAGGGAUCUGCGGAAAAGGAGAGGGAGGGAUCUGCGGAAAAGGACAGGGAGAGAUCUGCGGAAAAGGACAGGGAGAGAUCUAGGGAGAGGGAGGGAUCUGCGGAAAAGGAGAGGGAGGGAUCUGCAGAGAGGGAGAGGGAGGGAUCUGCAGAGAGGGAGAGGGAGGGAUCUGCGGAGAAGGAGAGGGAGGGAUCUGCGGAGAGAGAGCAGGAGAGAUCUGUGGAGAGAGAGGGAUCUGCAGAGAGAGAGCAGGAGAGAUCUGCGGAGAGGGAGGGAUCUGCGGAGAGAGAAAGAGAGAGGUCUGCAGAAAAAGAAAGUGGGAGAGGGAGAGCCACGGAAAGAAGGAGAGGGAGAUCUGCAGAGAGAGAAAAAUCACCUGAACAGCACUCCUCCCCCUCCAGCCAGUCUUCAUCCUCUGACUCUGAUUCAGAAUCCUCUUCCUCGAGUUCCUCAGGCUCCUCCCCACAGGACAAACCCAGCCCACUCAGUCAGAGUAAGGAUGAAGAGAAGAAAGCAAGCAGCCCAGAUGAUGCAGCAGAGAAGAAUGAAGAACAUUUGAGGGAUGUAAAGCAGGCCACGGUUGCUGAGCCCACAGGUCCUGUCUCUAUGGAGCUCCAGGAACAGCCGGAGUCUGAGAGUGCACUGGCUCAUCCUGCCUCACAGGAGGCGCCUGAGACCAGCGAGUCCCGUCCUGAUGAGAGCACUACUCCAAAAGCGUUUGCUGCACGCAAGAUUUCACUUACUACUGCUAAGCCAGAGGGAGCGGCAGUGGAGGCGGAGUCUGGGGGCGGAGCUGGCAGGAAGAGGAGGUGGGGCUCCAGUACAGCAGUCACUGCCAAAAAGCCAUCCAUCAGCAUCACCACUGAAUCACUGAAGUCUCUAAUCCCAGAUCUUAAGCCCCUGCAAGAGGCUGUUGUGGACCUGCACCCAGAUGAGGGUCAUUUCUCUGGGGAUGAGGACUCGGGUCAGCAGCCUGAGCGUGAUGAAGACCAAGGGCUUCAGAUCAGACGUACUGUAACACAGGUGGUUCCAUCUGAAAGUCAAGAGAAUGGGCAGAAAGAAAAGGAGGAGGAGGAGGAAGAUGAGGAUGAAGAGCAGACAGAAGGAGAGAAGGAGACACCCCUCAAGAAACAGAGGCGGGAGAGCUCAUCAGAGGUUGCCAUGGAAACACAGGAGGGUGACACUAAGAAGGUGACCCCUAAUGACUCAGUGGUGCGGCGCUCCAUCAGUCAACAGAAAGUGGCCGUGUCAAUCACCAUCGAUGACCCGGUGCGUACAGGCCGCCAGCUCUCACCUCCACGCAGCAAAGCAUCUAACAUCAUCCAUGUCUGCAACCUGGUUCGCCCGUUUACUUUAGGCCAGCUAAAGGAGCUGUUGAAUCGGACCGGUACAGUGGUGGAGGACGGCUUCUGGAUCGAUAAGAUCAAAUCCCACUGCUAUGUGACGUACUCCAGUACGGAGGAGGCUGUUGCGACACGUGAAGCUCUCCACGGUGUAAAAUGGCCCUCUAGCAACCCCAAAGUGCUCCGGGUGGACUUCUGUGAACAGAAGGAGCUGGACUUCCAUAAAGGGCUGCUGACAGGUGAAGACCCACGGGCCGCUGCAGCCCCGAACCGCCCCGCUGCCCCUCCCCCUCUCAUGCCCCCGACUCGGGAGAAGGAGCGGGAGAGGGAGAAAGAUGGAGCAGCAGCAAAUGUGAGGGACCAGUGGGCUGAAAGGGAGCGAGAGAUGGAGCGCAGAGAAAGGACACGCUCAGAGAGGGAAUGGGACAGGGACAAAGUACGAGACUUUACCAGGGACGAACGGGAAGCAGCCAGGAGAUCACGGUCACGUGACCGGGACAGGAGACGCAAGGAGCGAGGAAAGAGCAAAGAGAGGAAGUCGGAGAAAAAAGAUAAACCAGAGGAGCCUCCUGCCAAACUUCUGGAUGAUCUGUUCCGCAAAACCAAAGCAGCUCCGUGUAUAUACUGGCUGCCGCUUACUGAAGAACAGGCGACUCAGAAGAGCCUGGAACGAGCGGAGAGGAUGAAGGAGCGGGAGAAGAGGAGGAAGGAGCUGCAGGAAGAGGAGGACAAGAAGCGUGAGGAAGAAAGGAAGGAGAGAGCGCGAGGUCGAGAGAGGGACGGAGGGAACGCGGCGAGCAGCGGAGGAGGCUCAAGCCGUGCAGCUGAAGGAGAGAAGGACAAAGAGAGGGAGCGGGAACGAGAGAGGGAGCGAGAACGAGAACGGGGUAGAGAGAAAGAGGGAGAGAGGAGGAGAGAGAGCAACAGAGGCCGAGGCACCAACUCCAAGCCAGCGGGGGGCAGCAGACGCUCACGAAGCCACAGCAACCCCUCCAGGGACAGACGACGUUGAGUGUGUGUGAGAGAGAGUGAGUGAGUGAGUGUAAUCACAAGUGUGUGGUACUUGGAGGAAGAUCGAUGCCCUGUCUUGCCAGCUGAGGCCCAAGUAUGAAGCAAAAGUUUCAACCCUGAAAAUCUUAAUUGUUUCAUAUGCAUACAAUUUGGUAGUGUCACACACAUUUGGUCACAUCUGCUGUACAUCCUUCUUUCAGGACUUGCAGGACGUAUAUAUAUAUUUUUUUUAUUAGCUCCAUUUCUGUUGUAGAAAUUUUUUCUUUGAUUUUUGCAGUUUGUUUGUUUCUCUGGUCUUAACAGAUUUGUAUCAAGAGUUUUUGCAGAAUCAUUUCCUCCUAAUCACACAUGAACAAGGCUAGAACAUCAGCAGGGUGAUUUUAUUUUUAAUGCAUCAUUUUCUUUUUUUUAAGCCCUUGAUUUUUUUUUUUUUAAUUUAUAAAUUCUAAUUGGAGUCAGCUGUGGUGGCAAAUAUGCCAAUAAAAUAAUUCUUUUAUUCA